ACUGCAGUCCUUGACAAUGCGAGGCCCAGAGUGCACAUCCACAAAAAUGGACAUAAGGGGAUUCUCACUAUGGAUCUGUCAUCCAAAGUUCAAGGUGUCACCACAGUGAAUGCUGCUUUCACCCCUCCCAAGGGUCAUGGGGUGAGACAGAGGGGCCUCAGGGGAGAACUUUUGGGAAAUGAUCUGCUCAAGAAAAUAAGUGAGCAGACGCAUGCAGAAUUUAACCCUGAGCCUCACAAAACAGAGUUCUGCUCCUCUACCAAAGAGGACUACAAAGUUGAAGGCUUUCAGCCUUCCCUGCCUUCAUCACUAAAGGAGCAUGACUACAAAAGCGAUCAGGCAAUUACCUUUUGGAGUGAGAAUCAUCAUCAGAUACAGGGUGUGACAGCGGUGAGAACCACGGAUACCCCAUUCAAGAAGAACGCCACCUUCAGCACACCUAUCAGUGAACACAUGGAUGACAAGCCUAUUCUGUACACACCUGAGAAUUAAGCUGUUACUCAUGUUAUUUUCUCCCAUGGUUUUCUUCUCAUCCUUUGCAACUCGUAAUUACCACAAUUGAGCAGUGCUGAACAACAGAAAGCCACAUUUUCCACUUUCUCCUGCGCUGUGCAAAAAUGGUUCUGGCUAUUGUCCUUGGACAAGUGACAAGAAAACCCAUUUGUUUUCUGAGAUGAGGAAAGUGUUUUUCCACCGUUAGGAAGAAGAGAGGCACACAGAAGCCUCCGCCUUACAGAUGUCAGAAAUAUUGAUGUUCAUGCAGCCUCCUUACUUUAGAGAGCAUGGCUCCGAUUCAGAUUUGUGUUCUGUCAAUCAACAGACCAUUCUACAUGGUGUUCCUCUCUCCUCUUGCUUUUAGCAGAGAUUAGGAGGUAGCUAUGGCAACAAGUCAUUUUAGACUACAUUUAUGCAGCUUUUCCCCCCAAACAUUUCAUUACCUCAUGGGAUUAGAGGGGGAAACAAUUGGUGUCUGAAACAGAUGCUUCCAGCCAAGUGAAAUAUAUU